UGAAUUAAGUAGUAGGGAUUGUUCUGUUUACUGGGUGUGGUCAAUGAGUGUUUCUGCGGAAAUCAAUUCAUUUGUUUACAACUAACAAUAAUUGAUAACAAAUUUAGUAAAAUAAUCAUAUUAUCAACAACAGUUAAUAAAUAUAGAAAAAUAGUUAUGCUAGGUAUUUAAGUCUACAUGCUUCGUUUUUUCAUCUCUGUAUCAUUCAUCCUUCAUUAUUACUAAUUGCUUACUUUCAAGUUAACUUCUUAAGUUGAUAACAUUUAAAGUCUUAUUUCUGAAUUGUUCUACGUACUAAAAAUAACUUUAAGUUAGAAACAUAUUAGUGCAUCCUCGUGAUAAGUGCUAUGUGUAAAAUGUAAGUGAUUUAACUUUGAGGCUCACUUUAACCAUUAUUAGUGCAUAAAAAAACUGUAGAAAGAUCUGAGAAUGAGACAUUAACUGUUAUGUAUUAUUAGAAUAGUAUUCAAGACAAAAUUUUAUGCGACUGAUAAAUUGUUAGAUCAGCAUUUGAGACUUACUGUGAAUGAACAGUUUAACUAAAUACAUUCAUUAAAAGUAAAAAAUACGAUCAGACCCUCACUGUGUAAAGUUAUCAAUUAUCUAUGGCAUGAUGGUUACAGGAUUAUAAAUGUUGCAAGACUUGUGCAAUUAAGUCAAGUACUGUGUUAGAAGUACCUUUUUUUACGAAAAUAAAUAAACACUGCCCACACUGGUCAUCUCUUAGUAAUCAGUAAACUGAACUAAAAAGCAUAAUUAACGCAAAGCUUUAUAACGGUACUAGUUUUCAUUAACAUUAGCGGCUUUGUCAUGAAUGAGUUGGAUGCUUUGCGCCAAGAGGCUGAAACUUUGAAGAAUUCCAUUAGAGAUGCUAGAAAAAAUGCUUGUGAUACAAAUUUGGUUCAAGCAACCACUAGCAUGGAACCGAUUGGACGGAUACAAAUGCGUACAAGACGCACUCUUCGUGGCCAUUUAGCUAAAAUAUAUGCCAUGCAUUGGGGCAGUGAUUCCAGAAACUUAGUAUCAGCAUCUCAAGAUGGUAAGCUCAUAGUGUGGGACAGUUAUACCACAAAUAAAGUUCAUGCAAUACCAUUACGCUCUUCCUGGGUAAUGACGUGUGCGUAUGCACCUUCUGGUAGUUACGUCGCUUGUGGAGGAUUAGAUAAUAUAUGUUCUAUAUAUAGCUUAAAAACAAGAGAGGGUAAUGUUCGUGUGAGUAGAGAACUUCCAGGUCAUACUGGGUAUCUUUCAUGCUGCCGAUUUCUGGAUGAUAAUCAAAUUGUAACUAGCUCUGGUGACAUGUCUUGUGCUCUUUGGGAUAUUGAAACAGGUCAGCAGUGUACCUCAUUUCUUGGUCAUACUGGUGAUGUCAUGUCUCUGUCACUUGCACCAGACAUGCAUACUUUCGUUUCUGGUGCAUGUGAUGCUAGUGCAAAGCUCUGGGAUAUACGUGAAGGAUCAUGCAAACAAACAUUUCCGGGACAUGAAAGUGACAUUAAUGCUGUUACGUUUUUUCCCAAUGGAUUCGCCUUUGCUACAGGAUCAGACGACGCUACUUGCAGAUUGUUUGAUAUACGAGCUGAUCAAGAAUUGGCGAUGUACAGUCAUGAUAAUAUAAUCUGUGGUAUUACUAGUGUUGCAUUUAGUAAAAGUGGACGAUUACUCCUUGCUGGAUAUGAUGAUUUUAACUGUAAUGUUUGGGACUCAAUGAAGACUGAACGGGCUGGAAUCCUUGCGGGUCAUGACAAUAGGGUAUCUUGUCUAGGUGUAACAGAAGAUGGAAUGGCAGUAGCAACUGGUUCCUGGGACUCAUUUUUACGUAUUUGGAAUUAGAUAAUAAUUUCUAUUGCUGCAAAAUCUGAUGAUGUAAAACAAAACAACUGACACAGCACAAAUUAUCUUUUUACUUCAAUACAUAUAUUUGUGAAAAAAACUUAUUCUAUUGAAUUUGGCAAGUGAAAUUUGUCUUGGAUUAUUACAUUAAGAGGAAAGAGAAACCGAACAAGUAAAAAACUAAAAAAUGUGAAAAGUUUUUAA